CCAAAUCUCUCGCUCCCUCCCCUCUCUCCGCCCCUACGUCUCUUUGCAUCUCUGUUUGUGCCUAGAGGGACUCAUGCGGCUGGAGCACAGUCCCCGCGUCUCCUGGAGCAUAACCAACCAUCCCAUCGCAGACCGCCGGUGUGUUCCUCCGCCUCUUUGAGGCUUCAGCAGACGGCUGUCCCCGCACUGUGCCGCCGAGCGUAUGAAAGCAGCAUGCCAGAUGAUCCUAGCUCUGUCACUGCUGCGUCGCAUCUCUCAAAGUAAGAAGACUCGCUCUGUAAAUGCGCAUCCCCUCAGUGAUCAAACUUGGACCGCUGCCUCUGUCCGUGGCGAGCAAAUCCAACCCAAGCUCUUCUCCAGCUCUGCAAAUCUCUGUCACUGCUGACUAACGAUGUGGAGGACAGUGGUGUGACAUCGCAAGGGCACUUCACAGCCCAGAACUAUUACCUAACUAUUCCACAUCAACUUUGUCAAGGCUUGACUUUGAGGAAGUGCUCUGGAAACAAACUGGAGAUCGCAAACCUCAUCAAGCGUUUUAUCUUUUCACGUGGAAUAAACUGACUGUCCAAAAUCCAAGUCAGAUCCAACUUCAAGGGAUGCGUAAACGAGCAUGAUGCUCUGCUUUCUGUUGCUGUUAAGAAACAUAGGGAACGAAACGGGAUUAUAAACUAUGUGGAGUCAUUCCUGAGGAUUAUUGAUUCGCUGCUCUCCCGGGUGUAUGGAGAAGAGCAGCCCGAGGAUGACGGGCGGAACCCGGGAGGCACCUGUGAACUCCUCUCCAGCGGUGGCGUCCAACGCGGAGGGCGAGGAGAUCGAGGUUUUGGAAAGCACCGACGUCCUCCCCGUGGCUCAAGAAGACCAAUGGAAGUCUCUGUUUGACAAGUAUGACCCAGAGAAUUCAGGCUUCAUCAGUACAGAGCGCUUCAGAGACCUGUUGGCGACCCACGGCUCCGAGCUUGACCCACACAAACUGGAAGUCCUAUUGGCCCUCGCCGAUGGCAACGCCGAUGGAAAGAUCUGCUACCAAGAUUUUGUGAACCUGAUGAGUAACAAGCGCUCCAACAGUUUCCGGAGGGCCAUCUUGCAGGGGAGCAGGCAGCUGAAAGUCUGCAGUCUCAGAGAUGAGGCGGGCUUGGGGCUGUCUCAGCGUCUGGUCCGACAUGUCGCCUACGAGACGCUGCCCCGCGAGGUCGACCGCAAGUGGUACUUUGACAGCUACACCUACUGUCCCCCACCCUGGCUCAUCCUGGCUAUCACCAUUGCUGAGGUGGCCGUGUUCAUGUACUAUGGCUUCCAGCUGGACCGCCUUGUGCUGCAGGUAUCCAGUCCGUCCUUCCUAAAGAGCCCCUUACCGUACCACCCCCAGCUCCGAGCGCAGGCCUGGAGGUACCUCAGCUACAUUUUCAUGCACACAGGAAUUGAGCACCUGAGCCUGAACAUGGCCAUGCAGCUGCUGGUGGGAGUCCCUCUAGAAAUGGUCCACGGAGCCCUGCGGAUUGGACUGGUCUACGUGUGUGGUGUGCUGGCAGGGUCUCUGGCAGUGUCUGUCACCGAUAUGACGGCUCCGGUGGUCGGCUCAUCUGGAGGAGUGUACGCUUUGGUCUCAGCACAUUUGGCCAACGUAGUAAUGAAUUGGUCGGGAAUGAAGUGUCAGUUUAAGUUAUUCCGGAUGGCCAUGGCUCUGGUUUGCAUGAGUGUAGAGUUUGGUCGGGCAGUGUGGCUGCGCUUCUACCCCCCGGCCUUUCCUCCAUGCCCCAAUCCCAGCUUCGUAGCUCACCUGGGAGGGGUGAUGGUUGGGCUGACGCUGGGUGUAGUGGUCCUGCAGAACUAUGAGCAGCGACUCCAGGAGCAGUCCCUGUUUUGGAUCUUCUUCUGCGUCUACACCGUGUUUGUGCUCUGCGCUGUCUUCUGGAACAUCUUUGCCUACAGCUUGCUUGACGUGCGACUGCCUCCACCACCGUGACUUCAUUAUUAGAGGCAGAGUUGACACUGUAUCCCUAUUAUUUCUCCAUCGGUAGAUACCUUGCCACCUGAUGAGUCACCCCAGCCCUGAUACUCUGUGAUGCAGCGAUGCACCUGAAAUACAGUAACCCAUGGUUGCCGGUUAGUUUUGGCCCACCUGUUCUUUACUGGUUAAAUGUUGCCAUUGUUUUCGCUUACCAUACAAGUUAACCUCAGCCUGCUCUUUAUCAACAUCUUUCUUUUUGCAUUUGUUUAAAAAGUAACAGUCAGCGGGACAUUUUUAGACAGUAUGAUGACAAAUGAGAAGCCUCGGAUCUAACGCAACAGGAACAAACAGGAACAGUCCUGUAAACCUUGCUAAACCUCCUCUGCCUAACCUUUCGCAAUCCAACGGUGCCUUCUCAUGGAGACGUCAGCCAGAUGAAAGUAUUUCUGCACAGUCGCCUCUUGUGUUUUACGACAGCAGUAAAACCCUGCAGUAUAAACUGUUUUCAGAAAGAAGAGUUUCUGAAAAUCCUGUACUCUGUCUGCAGCCUUAUCAUCAGUAAAUGAAGAAUAAGGUCAUGAGAAAAUGUAGACUUAGUCUGUGUUUUGUCAUCAUUUCAAGCAGCUUAUAAGCAGGAGAGGUUAAGGUUAAACAGACAGUAAGAUAGCCAAACCUCCCCAAAAAUGUAGGGAAAGCAACGAGUACAUAGGCUACCGCAACUUUCAAAAGUUAUGAAUUUAUCCUUGAAGAAAAGUGUGGGUUACUAUUCAGUGUUGCCUCAGUCAUUUGACACUUGCCCAGCAGAUUCUUUUUUGUGUCAACACUAUUCAAACCUUAAAUGUGUGUCUUUUGACUUUUUUGUGUGCAAGGAGUGUGACAGUUGUGCAUACAGAUUAAAAAAAAGAAGCAGAAGUGCCAUUUAGACUUUUAAGCUUUCAAAUACGAUGCCAAGACACUGCUUCAAGCACUGGAGGGAAAGAGCAUAUCCCCCGAAAAUAAUUGUUUUUGUGUAAGCAAUAUUAAUCUAAUAUGUUCUGAAAACCUUGGGGCAACCCAAAAAGGAAGUCAAAUGUUUGUGCUUUUCUUGUCCCCUCUGGGCAUUUGCAGUAAUUGUUUGUGAUUGGUUAAACAUAGUGAUGAAGUGGCAACAAUGUAUUUAUUGAUGGCGAGCAGGUGAAUCACGGCAGAUGGGAUCAGGCUAAAGCAACAUUUACCACUGUGGACAACUGGGCCAUUUUGAAGAAAUCUAGUCUUUUUCUCAUUACCAAACAUAGAAGAGCACACAUGCCUGACCUCGACUACAUCCGGGCUGGGGUCGUUUCCCUCAUAUCAGGAGGCUUUGGGGGAAAGAAGUAAAUCAAUGCUCCCUCAUUACUUCCUGUCACAACGCAAAUUGUUAAUUGAUUGAACUGGGAUAGAAAACGACCCCAGCCCUAAGCUGUAAGUCUCAAACUGUACUGUACUUUAACCUCAUGUUACGCUCGUAACUGCUUCGCACAAACAUUAUUAUAAUGUAAUUAUAUACAGAUUAAUAUUUUAACAUGCAUUUGCUGUGGAUUUUUUUUUAUCUACUUGGUGAUUAUUGGUAUUUUGUGUAAAUUGUUUGGUCGGUCUGCAUUGUGAUAUGUUAGCUAUAUCUUGUAUGUAGGCUAUCGUAUUUAAAAAUGUGUUAAAGGUAGUAUGGGGUUGUAUAUAAUAAGGGCUAUGACACAAACAUGAUUGAGGGGGUAAAUAGCUGAUAAUAUUUUAACAUUGUUCAUAUUUUGUAGAUUUGAUAUGUACAUACUGGAGUACAUUAAACAGUUUUAUAC